AUGGCAGCAAAGCUCCGGAUUCCAGUGAUCACGUUUAAGGAGGGGCUGGCCGACGCGGUGAAGCAGCGGCUGCUGGCGACGGAUUCGCCGGCGCGAGCGCUGUUCCAGGCCGGCAGGCUGGAGUUCGUGACGCUGCCCCUGCCAACGUUCCCCCCGUCUCACGGAGUGCAGGCAGCUCCUGGAGACAAAGUUGACGCAGAGAAGGCUGAGCUCGUGGAGAGCAAGUGGGAGCUCACUGAAGAGCAGCAGGAAGUGCUGGCACAGGCCACGAUCGUCUUGGGUGACGCGCACAAUUGCGCGCCACUGCUCCUGACCCCGGAGAUUGGACUGCCGAACAAUAUGCAGCAUCUGCUUAAGAACGUGCAGUGGGUCCAGGGCACGUAUGCUGGGGUGGAGCAGUACCUUAAGCGUCGAAAAGCAGGAACUUUGCCGCCGUCAUUCCAGCUGACACGCGCCGGUGGCAUCAACGGAUUGGCGCAAUACGUCUUCGGCUGGAUCGUGACUUUCGAGCGUAAAUUUCACGACGCAUACGCGAUGCAGAAGCAGAAGGUGUUCGCACAGCAGACUCUAAGAUACCGACCGUUCCAGUCCGUGACCGUGGGCAUCUUGGGACUGGGGGCUAUCGGCCAAGCCAUCGGCAGACUGGCCAAGCUGGCGGGUUUCAAUGUCAUCGGGUUCAAGCGGAAGCUGCGUGGAGAUGAGGAUGAAGCCUUCAAGAACUGCGCCCACCGCGUGUCAACGGACCUCGACGACGUGUUGCGUAUCUCCGACUACAUCGUCAGCAUCUUGCCCAGUACACCCGCGACCAAGUACCUGCUGACCGAGGCGAAUCUCCACAUAUGCUCUGACAAGAAACCCGUCUUCAUCAAUGUCGGCCGUGGCGAUGUCAUCUCGGAGCAGACCAUCGUGCAGGCGCUCGACAGCCAUUGGUUCUCCAAGGUCGUCGUGGACGUGUUUGAGAAGGAGCCAUUGCCCGAGGACAGUCAGCUAUGGGACCACCCCAGAGUCUUCAUGACACCUCACGUCGCUGCGUACUGCUUCAAAGAAGACGUAGCCGACGUCUUCGUACCAAAUCUUGACGCCUACAUCGCUGGCAAGCCGCUGCAAUACCUCGUGGACUGGAUCAACGGCUACUGA